AUGGACGAAGAAAACGAUAUUGAACAGACAUCGAAAGAUGACUUCGAGUCGCUCCCCCUGAUAAACGAUUCCUCGCACCAGCAACAAAGAUACUUCACUUUGUCGCCUACGCUGUCGGUGUGGACAAUCACCACGAUCAUCUUGCUCAUAAUCCUGUUGACCACACCCUCAUCUCUGAACGAACACGAGAACCGCCAUAAGUCGAGCUUGUCGCGAGACCGGAACUACAUGACACUCGAUCACGAUGCUGAUGGAUAUUGGGAGGACUUCUUGGACGAUAAUAUGGGGUUUAUUCAGACUGAGUCGGGCAGCGGACUAAUCACGAUGUUCCAUCAACUGCACUGUCUUGCCUCCUUGCGGCAUGCGCUCCAACAGUCCCAAGCUGGCGAAGCCAUCGGCGUGGACUGGAGAGACAACUUGCAUUGGCCUCACUGCAUGGACUACCUGCGCAGCGUAUGUUCACGCUUGUGCUGCACUCCAGCGGACUACUGA